AUGACGGGAUGUAUUAGCGGGGAGGUGAAUCAGGGGAGAGCCACCGGAGGGGCUGGCGGCCGAGAGCCUUGUUCAUUAUCUAUCUAUCUAUCUAUCCCUGAUGUUCAUAUCUAUCUAUCUAUCUAUCUAUCUAUCUAUCUAUCUAUCUAUCUAUCAAGCUAUCUAGCUAUCUCAGUCUAUUCAUAUCUAUCUCUCUAUCUAUCUAUUCUAAAUUUCUGUCUGUUCACAUCAAUCUCUCUCUCUCUCUCUCUCUCUCUCUAUCUCACUCUGUUCACAUCUAUCUAUGAAUCUAUCGAUUUCAGUUGGUCACAUCUAUCUAUCUAUGUAACCCGGUCUAUUCACAUCUCUCUCUCAUUCUCUCUCUCUCUCUCUUUCUCUCUGUAUUUAUCUCAGUCUGUUCACAUCUCUGCAUUAAUCUACCUAUCUCUUUCAGUUUGUCACAUCUAUCUCUCUCUAUCUAUCUAUCUAUCCCAGUCUAUUCACAUCCAUCUAUCUAUCUCAGUUUGUCCAUUUUCUAUCUAUCUGAUUUUCAGUUCAUAUCUAUCUAUCUAUCUAUCUAUCUAUCUAUCUAUCUAUCUAUCUAUCUAUCUAUCUCAAUUUGUUCAUAUCAUCUAUCACAGUCUGUUCAUAUCUAUCUUACUCUGUUCAUUAUCUAUCUAUCUAUCUAUCUCAUUUCAUUCAUUAGCUGUUUGA